AAUGCCGUGGGAUGCGAAAGAUGUUCGUUGAAAGUAAAACAUAACUAUUGUAACUUUAAAAAAAAAAAAAUCAUGUAGCCUAGUGUAUGAUUUUUCUAGGAAUUAAUAAUAUUAAUUGAGCCGCAAGUUUCUUUAGAAAAUCUUAGGAAUUGGGACAAUUGGCCUGAAUAAACAUAACCUAGCGAUGAGCAACAAGGCCAACAACAGUGGUAAAUGUGAGAUAGAUCCUGUACAGGAACAAUUGGCUGGCAGGGUACGAGAAGUUGGAAAUUAUGCAAUUUGGAGUCUGUCCAGCUGCAAACCAGGCUUUGGUGUGGAUCAGCUGCGUGAUGAUAUUACAGAAACAUAUUGGCAGUCAGAUGGACAGUUACCACAUCUAGUAAAUAUUCAAUUCAAAAGAAAGACUACUAUUCGUGACAUAUGUAUCUAUACAGAUUAUAAGUUGGACGAAAGUUACACUCCUAACAGGAUAAGUAUCAGAGCUGGCACCAAUUUCAAUGAUCUUCAAGAGGUAGAAGUAAUGGAUUUAAAUGAACCAAGUGGUUGGGUAGUCAUUCCUAUUAAAAACAUCAACGACCGCCCUAUUAGAACAUUUAUGAUACAAAUAGCAGUUAUCAGCAAUCAUCAGAAUGGCAGAGACACCCAUAUGAGGCAGAUUAAAGUCCAUAGUCCAGCUCAAGAUAUCCUUGGUCCACCAGCACCUUACAUCCCAGGACAAUUUCUCACCAAUGAGUUUUUACGUUAUGCCACGAUUAGAUAAGAUUCUUAAAUGAUAAGUUUGAGUAAGAUUUUCAUACAUGUAUCUGACCAGAAUCAGCAAGGUUGUUUCAUCUUUAGUCUGCCUGUAAUUUGAAAAUCAAAACAGCAUUAACUGUGUGACUACUAGUUAAAAAUACAUCAAUUUUAUAUUUGUUAAAGACA